AUGCAACAUAUUGAACAGUUUAAAAGAUUACUAGUGAAUGAAAUACAUGAACGAACAUCUCUUUAUUAUACCAAGCCAAGAAACAAAUUUCCAUGUACUGAUAGCGAAUUUGUAGCAGUAUUUGGAGAACAAUUAAAUCGAUUUUCACCAGCAAAACGUACCUAUCGAUCAGCAGAAAAUGAAAUUAGCAAGAAUAAUUCAAACCAAUCACUUGACAAUAGUACCACCAAAGAUGACUUGGAAUGGUUCCAAAAAAAUAUUAAUGAUGCAAAAGGGCAUGAAACAUCAAAUGGACAAUUAAGAAUUAUAUUUCAUUUAGAUCAAAAUUAUUAUAUGUCAAAAAAAAUUCUUACUAUGUAA